GGAGACUUCAUCCAGAAACUACUGCUCUGAAUAUGAACAACUAACAUUUAACUUCAUCAUGAUCUACCAUCCAUGUUUUAUAGAAAACAAUGGAAAUGCAGGACAACACCACCUUCAACAACAUUGAUGACUUCAACAUCACCAACAACAGCAGCAGCCAAUCUGACUUUAAUGUUGAGUCAAUCAUGCAUUUAGUGGAAUUAAUAGUUAUUUGCACAGGACUUCCUCUGAUGCUGGUGGCGAUCUGUGCGGUUUAUUGUCUGAUCCAAAAAGAUCACUCUGCUCCGGUCUACAUCAUCAACCUUCUCAUUUCUGACCUUAUUCAGCUCUGCUGCCUGGCAGCUUGGAAGGCAGGCGAGUCACAUGACAUCAUAAGCUACAGUUACCUCCUUGCUCUAACAGGCAGUGUUGGAUUUAUGGUCUGCAUCUCCCUGGAGAGGUAUUUGGUUAUUGCCAAGCCGCUGUGGUACAGAUUCAGGAGGAACAUCAAGAUGUCUCUGAUGGUCUGUGCCGUGGUAUGGACAUUGGCAUUUGCCAGUGUUCUCCCUUACUGUUUUAAUGUAAACCAUCAGGUUGUAGAAAUGAUCUUUGCUGCCGUCUUUCUCCUUCCAUUCCCCAUUUUGAUUUUCUUCCUCAUUGAAACCAUCAAAGCUCUGUCUGCAGCUUACAGUGUCCCUGCUGAGGAAAAACGAAGGAUAGUAACACUUCUGGUUGUGGUGCUACUUAUUUACACUCUCCUGUUUCUUCCUAACAUUAUUUGGUCAUUAGUGGAAGAACUAAGAUUUAACCAGAUUUUUGACAGCUUGGCUUGCAUUUGUCUUUGUCUAAGUCCUCUGGCAGAUGUAACCAUGUACUUUUGCAUUAGAAAAAGUGCGAUGGACAAACUACUGAAGUCAUGCUGCCAUUGUGAAAUGAAAGGCAAUCAGAAAUUAAGCAGCACAGCUGUUGAAAACACGUCUGCACCAUGCACCAACACAGUGUAAGCUUUGCAUGGAAUAAUCGGUAUAUUGCUCAACCCAUCCAUCCAUCAUCAUACAUGCUUUUCCGUGGGGUCGCCUCCAGGUCACCCUGGACAGUCAGCAGUCCAUCACAGUACUGGGAAACCUGUACUUCAGUAUUGCUUUAAACGUUCCUGCAGAUGUAACGCUUUCAUUGUUAUAAUAGGUAUAAAUAUUCAUUGUUGUGCUCUCUUAAAAACAGACAGGAAGUUUAUGAUUUUCAAAUCAGCAUUUUCUGCAUCUGAAUCUAUGACACUUUAUUUAGUAUGAUAAAUUAUUAUUUUUCUAA